GUGGCGGUGAUUUGGGUGACAACGGUCAAUAAUGAAGGUGGUUGCGGCGCGGCGGCAGGUUCAGCUGUGCCGGGCGGGAACGGCGCCCAGGUCGCGCCUGUAAGACCUCAGGGCGGCGCGGCGUGAUGGGGACCCGGCGCGGGGAGUAAGUGAAGUGGCGGCGGCAGGAGCGGCGAGCAGAACUUCAGCCAGAGGGGCUCUCGCGCUUCCCCCUCUGGCUCUUCGGCCUCCACCUGCAGCUCCUCCGUCCCCGCGUCCCGCGGGAUCGGGACAGCGACGGCGGGGGCAUGUGGCGCUGGGUCCGGCAGCAGCUGGGUUUUGACCCACCACAUCAAAGCGACACACGAACUAUUUACAUAGCCAACAGGUUUCCUCAGAAUGGCCUUUAUACACCUCAGAAAUUUAUAGAUAACCGGAUCAUCUCAUCUAAGUAUACUGUGUGGAAUUUUGUUCCAAAGAACUUAUUUGAACAGUUCAGAAGAGUGGCAAACUUUUAUUUUCUUAUUAUAUUUUUGGUUCAGCUUAUGAUUGAUACACCUACCAGUCCAAUUACCAGUGGACUUCCAUUAUUCUUUGUAAUAACAGUAACUGCCAUAAAACAGGGAUAUGAAGAUUGGUUACGACAUAACUCAGAUAAUGAAGUAAAUGGAGCUCCUGUUUAUGUUGUUCGAAGUGGUGGCCUUGUAAAAACCAGAUCAAAGAACAUUCGGGUGGGUGAUAUUGUUCGAAUAGCCAAAGAUGAAAUUUUCCCUGCAGAUUUGGUGCUUCUGUCCUCAGAUCGACUUGAUGGUUCUUGUCACAUUACAACUGCUAGUUUGGAUGGAGAAACCAACCUGAAGACACAUGUGGCAGUUCCAGAAACAGCAGUAUUACAAACGGUUGCCAGUUUGGACACUCUUAUAGCUGUGAUAGAAUGUCAGCAACCAGAAGCAGACUUGUACAGAUUCAUGGGACGAAUGAUAAUAACUCAACAAAUGGAAGAAAUUGUAAGACCUCUGGGACCAGAGAGUCUCUUGCUUCGUGGAGCCAGAUUAAAAAACACAAAAGAGAUUUUUGGUGUUGCUGUAUAUACUGGAAUGGAAACAAAGAUGGCAUUGAAUUACAAAAGCAAGUCACAGAAACGAUCUGCAGUAGAAAAGUCAAUGAAUACAUUUUUGAUAAUUUAUCUAAUAAUCCUUAUUUCUGAAGCCAUCAUCAGUACUAUCUUGAAAUACACAUGGCAAGCUGAAGAAAAAUGGGAUGAACCUUGGUAUAACCAAAAGACAGAACAUCAAAGAAACAGUAGUAAGAUUCUGAGAUUUAUUUCAGACUUCCUUGCCUUUUUGGUACUCUACAAUUUCAUCAUUCCAAUUUCAUUAUAUGUGACAGUAGAAAUGCAGAAAUUUCUUGGAUCAUUUUUUAUUGGCUGGGAUCUUGAUCUCUAUCAUGAAGAAUCAGAUCAGAAAGCUCAAGUCAAUACCUCUGAUCUGAAUGAAGAGCUUGGACAGGUGGAGUAUGUGUUUACGGAUAAAACUGGCACACUGACAGAAAAUGAGAUGCAGUUUCGGGAAUGUUCAAUUAAUGGCAUAAAAUACCAAGAAAUUAAUGGUAGACUUGUAUCUGAAGGACCAACACCAGAAUCUGCAGAAGGAAGCUUAAGUUACCUUAGUAGUUUAUCCCAUCUUAACAACUUAUCCCAUCUUACAUCCAGUUCUUCUUUUAGAACCAGUCCUGAAAGUGAAACUGAACUAAUUAAAGAACACGAUCUCUUCUUUAAAGCAGUCAGUCUCUGUCAUACUGUACAAAUCAGUAAUGUUCAGACGGAUGGCAUUGGUGACGGUCCCUGGCAGUCCAACCUUGCACCCUCCCAGUUGGAAUACUAUGCAUCUUCACCGGAUGAAAAGGCUCUCGUGGAAGCUGCUGCAAGACUGGGCAUUGUAUUUAUUGGCAGUUCUGAAGAAACAAUGGAAGUUAAAACACUUGGAAAAUUGGAACGGUACAAACUGCUUCAUAUUUUGGAAUUUGAUUCAGAUCGUAGAAGAAUGAGUGUAAUUGUUCAGGCACCUUCAGGUGAGAAGUUUUUAUUUGCUAAAGGAGCUGAAUCAUCAAUUCUCCCUAACUGUAUAGGUGGAGAAAUAGAAAAAACCAGAAUUCAUGUAGAUGAAUUUGCUUUGAAAGGGCUAAGAACUCUGUGCAUGGCCUAUAGACAGUUGCCAUCUAGAGAGUAUGAGGUAAUAGAUAGACGCCUCUUUGAAGCCAGGACUGCCUUGCAGCAACGGGAAGAGAAGUUGGCAAAUGUCUUCCAGUUCAUAGAGAAAGACCUGAUAUUACUUGGAGCUACAGCAGUAGAAGACAGACUACAAGAUAAAGUUCGAGAAACUAUUGAAGCAUUGAGGAUGGGCGGUAUCAAAGUAUGGGUACUCACUGGAGAUAAACACGAAACAGCUGUUAGUGUGAGUUUAUCAUGUGGGCAUUUUCACAGAACCAUGAAUAUUCUUGAACUUAUAAACCAGAAAUCAGACAGUGAAUGUGCCGAACAGUUGAGACAGCUUGCCAGAAGAAUUACAGAGGAUCAUGUGAUUCAGCAUGGGCUUGUGGUGGAUGGGACCAGUCUAUCUCUUGCACUCAGGGAGCAUGAAAAACUAUUUAUGGACGUUUGCAGAAACUGUUCAGCUGUAUUGUGCUGUCGUAUGGCGCCACUGCAGAAAGCCAAGGUAAUAAGACUGAUAAAAAUCUCACCUGAGAAACCUAUAACAUUGGCUGUUGGUGAUGGUGCUAAUGAUGUAAGCAUGAUACAGGAAGCACAUGUUGGCAUAGGAAUCAUGGGUAAAGAAGGAAGACAAGCUGCAAGAAACAGUGACUAUGCAAUAGCUAGAUUUAAAUUUCUCUCCAAGUUGCUUUUUGUUCAUGGUCAUUUUUAUUAUAUUAGAAUAGCUACCCUUGUACAGUAUUUUUUUUAUAAGAAUGUAUGUUUUAUCACACCCCAAUUUUUAUAUCAGUUCUACUGUUUGUUUUCUCAACAAACGUUGUAUGACAGCGUGUACCUGACUUUAUACAACAUCUGUUUUACUUCCCUGCCUAUUCUGAUAUAUAGUCUACUGGAACAGCAUAUAGACCCUCAUGUAUUACAGAACAAGCCCACCCUCUAUCGAGACAUUAGUAAAAACCGUCAACUAAGCAUGAAAACUUUUCUUUAUUGGACCAUCCUGGGUUUCAGUCAUGCCUUUAUCUUCUUUUUUGGAUCCUAUUUUCUAAUGGGGAAUGAUAUAUCUCUGCUUGGAAAUGGCCAGAUGUUUGGAAACUGGACAUUUGGCACCUUGGUCUUCACGGUCAUGGUCAUUACUGUCACAGUAAAGAUGGCUUUGGAAACUCACUUUUGGACCUGGAUCAACCAUUUUGUUACCUGGGGAUCUAUUAUAUUCUAUUUUGUAUUUUCUUUGUUUUAUGGAGGGAUUCUCUGGCCUUUUUCGAGCUCCCAGAAUAUGUAUUUUGUAUUUUUUCAGCUCCUAUCAAGUGGUUCUGUUUGGUUUGCCAUAAUCCUCAUGGUUGUAAUAUGUCUGUUUCUUGAUAUUGUGAAGAAAGUAUUUGACAGGCAGCUCCAUCCAACAAAUACUGAAAAGGCGCAGAUGUACUCCAACACAGUCGCUUUAAGUGACGAGUUCAUCGCACUGCAGCCAUUGUCGAGGGCAAGGAAUCAGCUGAGCAAACUUAGCUUACUGAAACAAAUUCAAGUAUCAAGUGCUUGGACUCCAUGUGCUGUUUCUCAGAAGGAGAAACAGCGUGCGCAUCUGUUGGAAGAAUGCUGGAACGAGUAAUAGGAAGAUGUAGUCCAACCCAUGUCAGCAGAUCAUGGAGUGCAUCGGAUCCUUUCUAUACCAACGACAGGAGCAUCUUGACUCUCUCCACAAUGGACUCAUCUACUUGUUAAAAGAGCACUCAAUACUUUGUGGGAGCCAUUUCAACUCCUUUCCUAAAAUUCAGUGUGAUCAUCCUGGUAAUGGCCACACUAGCUCUGCAGAAUUACUUUCUGAAAUCUCUGGAGUAGUUCGUACCCGCUCAGAGUUAUAAUGGCAAACAAACAAAAAGCAUUAGCAUGAACCACUCUCAUCCCCUUUAAUUGAUAUCUGACCAUGUUGAAAUUGGUGAAUAAAGAGACAUUUUCCAUCUUUCCUUUGGAUGUCCCUUGUGUUUAUGGGACCUCUGAUGGCACUUCAGCCUCUUGCUAAGGCCACAUAUUUUAAUAUCAAGGUAGAAAAGAGAAAUAAUUUCUGGGUAAUUGUAUUUUUGAGUAUUAGCUUAGUUAUUGAGUCUUCUAUUUAAAUCUGCUUCUAUAAAUUAAUGCUGAAAAGUUUGCCUUGAAAACUCUAUUUUUUUAUUAGAGUUAUAUUUGAAGCUUUUCGUGGGAAAAGUAAAUGUGAAUAGUAAGGAAUUUUGGUUCCUAAGUGACCCAUGUUGUUAAUUCAUUAGUGCUUUCUAAGUUCAUAGAGGAAAUUAGGAGAAUGCGUUUCUAACUAUUAUUUACUGCACUAUGGGUAGUAAAUAUAUACCAGUACCAAACUUAAUGUACUGGAACACAACCAGUAAAGUUAACUGUAUACAUGCAACGGGUGUAUCAUAUCUUAUUCAUGAAUCAGAAAUCCAGUCCACCAAAUUUCAAGUUGAUGUUUACUAAUAUUUUUAUGACAGAAUAUGAAGUGGGUAUAUUAGGUACCAUUAGCAUAUUAUUAUUUAAUGUGUUUAUCUUUGGAUCUUUUGCAUGCUUUAAUCUGGUUAAUAUAUUUAAAUUUGCUUUUUCUCUAUCUGAAGGCUCUGUUUAUAGUAUUUUUAUGACACUUGUAAAGUUCAACUAUAUCAAUAAAAAAACAAGUUUGGACAGUAUUUAAACAUUGCAAAUACUUUUAAUUGUAAAAAUCAAAACGUUAGGGUAAUCAAUAAAAAAGAGAAGAGCCUCUUUCUGUGGCUUAGAGUUGCUUUUGCCUUUCAGUUAGCUAGAUUUUAGAAUAAAGGCUCUCAGACAAGAAUCCUGUUACCAUUAAGUCAGUGUAUGUUGUCCACAUUUCAGCAGACCGCCACGGGAAGGUGAGAGUUGCCCAAUAUGUCAUUUAAGGUAUAGUCUCAGAUAUGGCUAUAGAAUGUAAAUGAAACAAAGUCUAAAAUGCUAAGCUUUAUGGAAUAAUGGCAGCAACAAAUUAAAAUGCUAAGAAUGAUUAAUUAGAAAUAUUUGGUAUUAACUCACUGCACUUCAAUACCCAAUUUCCAUCCUGAAUUUAUCACGUAGGUCCAUUGUUUGACAUUUGUUUUGAUUAAAAGUAAUAUUGUUUUUAAAUUUGGAAAUGAUUAUUGAUUUAAGAACUAUUUAUUACCCAGCCCUAAGCACAUAUAAUGGUGGUGUACAUAUAUACAUUUUAAACUGUAUGGAAGUAGUUAAAUAAGUUUUUGCCAGAGUUUCCAUACAAUUGAAAAUAUAAUUCCUUUUUGUAGAUUUUUGUGCCACCCUCCACCCCUUUCUCAUUUCAUGAAUAUGAGACUUUACCUUUUUUCACUGGUAAACUAUUUUCUUGCUAAUAUAACCUUUGUCUUUUUUUAAUGCAAGAAUAUUGGGUUACGAAUUUGAGCCUAAAUAUCAAUUUUCAUAAAUAACCCUUCUUCAACUUAGAUACUCCAGAAUUGCUUUAGGAAGAUCCUGUUAUUCUGGAAAUAUGUUAAAGGGAUAAUAAAAUAUACAAUGUGUGGUACACUCACCAGUUCAUGUUCCAGAAGAGGAAAUAUUGCAAAAAAAUACUCAGUAGAGUAGUUUAGUGCAAGAUAUUAUGGAAUUUGCUUUUAUUAGAAUGUCUUAUAAAAUGUCCGCCUAAAAAAAUGACAUUCAGUAGGCCUGCGUUAUAUCUACCUUCCAGUGUUUAUUUGCCACAACUACACUGACUAGUGACAGUAGAGAAGGACUGCAAAGCCAUCAAGCGCUCUUCUGACCAGCUGCAGCGAGGCAGAGGAUCAGCUGAUGUACAUGGUGCUUAUUGUGUGGCUGAUACAAUUUCUGCAUUCCUAUUUGAAAUUAUUUAAGAACUUAUUUUAAAAGAAAAAUGCAUCCAUUGAUAAUGGUCAUCCUGCUCUGUUGUUCAAAACCUACUCCAUUUAAAGGAAGAUUAUCUUACAAUUGUAAGAAAAGGGUUUUCUUCUAUUAAAGAAAGUACCAGUGUUGUCUCUAAGUAUCCAAUAGUUUUCUAGUGCUAACACUUAUAUUGUAGAACUAUCACUACAUAACCAGUAAUCACAGCAAAUUUGCCCUUUGCAUAUUUAAAAUUCUUUGGAAAGUACGAUGUGGAUAAUUAAUUUACUCUCAUCUGCCAAAACCAGAGUAAGAUGCUCCAUUUGUUAUUACUAAUUAAUUAAAGGUCUUGAAUCUGUUUUCCUCAUUUGCUUGCCUUUGCCUAGUCCAAGGCUGUAGCCCUGAAGAUAACAGCAAGCACCAAGUCAGUUUCAAGAAAUGCCCGGCAGCGGCUUCAUGUGACUCAGCACCCUGCCUGGGCAUUAUGUUCCCCCUUGAGGGAGGAGAGUGUGGCCAGGAAAACUGCAGAUAUCCAGGCUUGCUGUUGGCGAAAAGUUGGUUUGAAUUUCCCUUAAAUACCCUCCUCCUUGGAUCUUAAUUCCCUUGAUGUUCAAAGGCUUCCCAGAACUGACCCAAAUUCUGGCACUGUCCUUUUUAGGAGAUUAAACAGAGGCACACCGUCCGGUUAGGAAAUAGUUCUCAGACUAGGGUCAUUUCUGCUGCAUGAGAUUGUGAAAUUGGGCUAUUGGGCUUGUGUGAUAAACUUGAGACCCCUAUCUAACAGGAGGCAAGGCCAGUAAAAAAUUUUGGAAACUGUAAUUUUCUAAAAUAUGGUAGUCUGAAAAGUUACUGGGGUCUGGAGGGAAAGGGAAAAUUAUUCAUGUUUGUAUUUUUCAUAUAAAGAUCAUUUUGGGGUAUGAUAUAAACAGAUAUUGAUAAAAAUAACAGACCAAAGAGAUAUGUAAAGCAUGUUCUAUUAAUUUUGGGUCCCCUUUUAGAGACAUUUUUAUUCCUAUCCUGAAUUAAGUUAUCUAUUUUCAUAAAAAUGGAACAUUAUUAAUGUGCUGUUUAUGUGAGAUAACUUGAAUGAUAUUCCUACAAAAAAAUACAUCAUAAUGAUAUGUUUGUAAUAAUGGUGAUUGUUAGAUUUUUAUGAGGAAUUAGUAGCUGUAAAUACUGUAGCAACACUUGGUUUCAAAUUUUGGACCUCAGACACUGUGGCUGUCUAAUAUAACCCUAUGAAAAUUUUAUGCAUUUUUAGUAAAUGUAGCAUACUUAUUGUA